GACCACGAUUUUGCAAUGAGACCCGGAUUUGGAGGUAAAGCAGUAUCUGUUGGUAUAGAUGUGCAAGUUGAAAGCAUUGACAGCAUUUCUGAAGUUGAUAUGGACUUUACAAUGACUUUGUACCUAAGACACUACUGGAAAGAUAGCAGACUCGCUUUCCAAAGUUCCACCAACAGAAGUAUGACAUUUGAUGGAAGAUUAGUCAAGAAAAUUUGGGUUCCAGAUGUGUUUUUUGUUCACUCCAAAAGUUCUUUCAUACAUGACACAACCAUGGAGAACAUCAUGCUAAGGGUAUAUCCAGAUGGCAACAUCCUGUACAGUUUAAGGACUACGGUCACUGCCACGUGUUCAAUGGAUUUUAGCAGCUUUCCCCUUGAUACUCAGAACUGCUCACUGGAGCUCGAAAGUUAUGCUUACAAUGAAAAAGAUCUAAUGCUGCAUUGGAGUAAUGAAAAGGAACCACUGAAAACAGAUGAACAGAUCUUACUGGCUCAGUUUUUUAUCCAAGAAUUCCGUGCAUCAAGUGGACUUGCAUUUUAUAGCAGUACUGGUUGGUACAACAGAUUGUUUAUUAAUUUCAUCCUGAGGAGACACAUUUUCUUUUUUCUUUUACAAACAUACUUUCCAACCAUGUUAAUGGUCAUGUUAUCUUGGGUUUCUUUCUGGAUUGACAGAAGAGCAGUCCCAGCUCGGGUUUCACUGGGAAUAACGAUUGUUUUAACUAUGACAACGAUUAUAACUGGAGUGAAUGCAUCAAUGCCUCGAGUCUCUUACGUUAAAGCUGUGGACAUCUACCUCUGGGUCAGCUUUCUCUUUGUCUUCCUUUCUAUAAUUGAAUAUGCAGCUGUAAACUAUCUAACCACCAUCGAAGAAAGGAAAAAGAUGAAACAGAGAGCGAAGUUUUCAGAUUCCUUUAGGUUGAAUCAGACACAAACUAUGGCUUUUGAUGGCUGCUAUCAUGAUAGUCAGCUGGAUGUGUCAGACUAUGGUGAAGCUCGUUUAAGCGUAGCAAAUACUGAAGCCAGAGAACGUGUAUCCUGUUCAAAUCCAGAUGGUCAACAGUUGAGAAGAAAGAAAUCUAUUAAGGGGAACGUCACUGCAGUUAUGAUAAAAAACAAUCAUGUUAUUGAUACUUACUCGAGGAUUUUAUUUCCUACAGCAUUUAUUCUUUUUAAUUUUAUUUAUUGGUGCUUAUUUUCAUAA